AGGGAAAAUGGCUCCAUGGAAUUCCUGCCCAAAUGGACACGAUUAAAAAGGAGGGGAAAAUGGCUCCAUGGAAUUCUUGCCCAAAUGCACACGGUUAAAAAGGUUCGGUCGACCUAAAAGAAGAAAGAAAACUCAUCAUCUAUUUCUGGUGAUUAAAUCGGCGAAAAACAAAUUUCCGAACGAUUAUGCUUUGCUAAGUCCAAAUCUGGGAAGAGAUGUGACCGAAUCAAUUUUUUCCUCACAAAACUCUUUUUUUUCGAAAAGAUUUGGCAUAUGCAUAGCUAAUUGUAGCCAUGACAGAUUCACAGUCACUCCCAUGUGGGAUAUCUUUCAUCCCACCCAAGGUACCAUGGUGUUUGGUUGAUCAUGAGAUUUGGAAUGCAGGGCAAAGAGGAAGAAGAAGCACAUGAAGAAGAAGAAGAAGUUGAAGGAGGUUAAAGUAGUACUUGAUGCGGCCAUCUUAAGAUCGACUAAAAACUAUGGAUGAUGUAUGCAGCGGAGAGAGAGGAUGAAGGGAGCAAUAGGAAGACACGAUGAAAGAACUGACAAAGGAAGGAAGGAAGGCUGACACUGGGAUAGAUUAUGGUGAUCAGAUAGUGUGCAUAUAUGCAGCAGCCACCUGGCCCUGUAGGGAUAUAGGCUGGCUGACACUGGGAUGGCUAGGGAAGAUCCGAUACGCGUUCAUUUACAGAAUAGUAUGAGCUAAAAGUGAGAGGUCGCCAACGUGUUGAGGUUGGAGAGCCUUAAUUAAGGGGAUGCAAUCCGACUCAAUGAUGAUGUUCCGCUAUUGGAUAUGUUUUAGCCUUCCUUCGUCGCCAGUUCUUCUGCGACCUUUGGGGUAUGGAAAUGAUGAUUAUUAAGGUUGCUAGCUGCAUGGAAUGCUCUCCUGUUAUCCACACAAGCCCCGUACAGUAUCCACAUUGACGUUGAUCUUCAUCCAUCCUUUGGGAGGCUUGGACCAUGAAUGGGGGCCAUGUGAUGUGGCUGGGGGAGUAGACGUGGGUUGCUGCCAGUCCUUGAAGAGAUACCAUGCUGUGUGCCAUGUUGAGAUAGCGGAUGGGGUUCAUUGGUGCCAAAUGACAUCAUUCCGUGACUUCCAGAUGGCAGAGAGGAUAAAAAAGGUGAGAGAGAUAUCCUGGGCUGAGAAGAGGGAUAAAAUCUGUAAUAACCAUUCUUGGAAAGGUGUGGAAGGCAGAUUGUACCAUUUAAGUGGGGAGGAGACCCACAUGGCUUGAGCAAUAUCACAACCAACGAAGAGGUGAUGGGCAGUUUCUGUUUCGGCGUUGCGAAGCGGACAGAGAGGCGAGAAUGUCUACAUUUUGGGUUUGAAGACGGUCGCGGCAUGGAAGGAUGUUGUUCGCUGCUCACCAACUUGUAUGAUGAUGAAUGCAAGGCGGGGUGCAGGUUUUUUAGAAUCUCCUCUAUAUGCUGUUUUGACGGGAUAGUGUCCAGUCGGACCAAUAGAGAGGGUUCGGGAUGGAGACGACAGAUUGAAUGAGGUCUUCUUUACCAGCUUUGGAGAGGAGUUUGUUUUUCCAGGUCCAAGGCAGGGAAGAGAAACAUGAUAUGAACGGAUGCAUGGUUGUGCCAUAAGAGGCGAGUCCGCCGCAACGUUGGAGGAGUGGUCAUAUUGGAUGAUGGUUUUGGUGUCGUGAAUUUUGG